CCCUCGCUCAUGGCGGCGGCGGCGGCGGCAGCGGCGGCGGUGGCGGCGCUCGGCGGCCGGAGCCGGAUCCUGUAGCCGGGGUGUGGGCCCGCGUCAGUCCGUCCCUCCUUCGGCCCCCUCGCUUGUCUUCCGGAGAGUGGCUGGCAGAGCCGGGAUGGCGGAGCGAGGCCUGGAGCCCGCGCCCGCCGCGGUGGCGGCGCUGCCGCCCGAAGUGCGGGCGCAGCUGGCGGAGCUGGAGCUGGAGCUCUCUGAGGGGGACAUCACACAGAAGGGAUAUGAAAAGAAAAGGUCAAAGCUCCUGUCUCCAUACAUGCCGCAGACACAAGAAACUGAUUCAGCAGUACAGAAAGAACACAGAAACCAGACACCUGCUCCAUCUGCAGCUCAAACUUCCGCUCCUUCUAAGUACCACCGAACUCGAUCUGGGGGAGCCAGGGAUGAACGAUACCGAUCAGAUAUCCACACAGAAGCAGUUCAAGCCGCACUGGCAAAGCAUAAAGAACAGAAAAUGGCUUUGCCCAUGCCAACCAAAAGGCGGUCCACAUUUGUCCAGUCUCCUGCAGAUGCCUGCACACCUCCUGACACGUCUUCGGCCUCUGAGGAUGAGGGCUCUCUGAGACGCCAAGCUGCGCUCUCUGCUGCCUUGCAACAGAGCUUACAGAAUCCUGAGUCCUGGAUCAACCGUUCAAUUCAGGGAUCGUCCACUUCUUCAUCUGCAUCUUCUACGCUGUCCCAUGGAGAGGUCAAAGGAACCAGUGGGUCUCUAGCUGAUGUAUUUGCCAAUACUCGAAUAGAGAAUUUCUCUGCUCCCCCUGAUGUCACUACAACUACCUCUUCUUCGUCAUCAUCUUCCUCAAUACGCCCAGCAAAUAUUGAUCUGCCCCCCUCGGGGAUAGUUAAAGGCAUGCACAAAGGAUCCAACAGGUCCAGCCUUAUGGAUACAGCUGAUGGUGUUCCUGUCAGUAGCAGAGUAUCCACAAAAAUCCAGCAGCUUCUCAACACUCUGAAACGACCCAAAAGGCCUCCCUUAAAAGAAUUUUUUGUGGAUGACUCUGAAGAAAUUGUGGAAGUACCUCAGCCAGACCCCAACCAACCCAAGCCAGAGGGACGGCAGAUGACCCCUGUGAAGGGAGAGCCAUUAGGAGUCAUCUGUAACUGGCCACCUGCUCUUGAGUCUGCCCUGCAGCGCUGGGGCACCACUCAGGCAAAAUGCCCCUGCCUGACUGCACUGGAUGUAACGGGAAAACCAGUUUACACGCUUACUUAUGGAAAGUUGUGGAGCAGAAGUUUAAAGUUGGCCUACACACUGCUUAAUAAACUGGGGACCAAGAAUGAACCUGUAUUAAAACCUGGAGACAGGGUGGCCCUGGUUUACCCCAACAAUGAUCCAGUCAUGUUUAUGGUGGCUUUUUAUGGAUGUCUCCUGGCAGAAGUGAUUCCAGUGCCUAUAGAGGUACCUCUUACCAGAAAGGAUGCUGGAGGGCAGCAGAUUGGCUUCUUGCUAGGAAGCUGUGGUAUUGCCUUAGCUCUUACCAGUGAAGUUUGUCUAAAGGGAUUGCCAAAAACCCAGAAUGGAGAAAUUGUACAGUUUAAAGGUUGGCCCCGGCUCAAAUGGGUUGUAACAGAUUCCAAGUACCUUUCAAAGCCACCUAAAGACUGGCAGCCCCACAUCUCACCUGCUGGUACAGAACCAGCAUACAUUGAGUAUAAAACAAGCAAAGAAGGGAGCGUAAUGGGAGUUACAGUGUCCCGCCUUGCAAUGUUGUCUCACUGCCAAGCUCUGUCCCAGGCCUGCAAUUAUUCUGAAGGGGAAACAGUAGUAAAUGUUCUAGACUUUAAGAAGGAUGCUGGGCUGUGGCACGGCAUGUUUGCGAAUGUAAUGAAUAAGAUGCAUACAGUUAGUGUACCCUACUCUGUUAUGAAGACCUGUCCUCUAUCUUGGGUCCAGAGAGUACAUGCCCACAAAGCCAAGGUAGCUUUAGUCAAAUGCCGAGACUUGCACUGGGCGAUGAUGGCACAUCGGGACCAAAGAGACGUGAGCUUGAGUUCCCUCCGGAUGUUGAUUGUGACUGAUGGAGCUAAUCCCUGGUCUGUGUCAUCCUGUGAUGCCUUCCUGAGUCUGUUCCAAAGCCAUGGUCUGAAACCUGAGGCCAUCUGUCCGUGUGCCACUUCUGCUGAAGCCAUGACUGUCGCAAUCCGCAGGCCUGGAGUUCCAGGGGCCCCUUUGCCGGGAAGAGCCAUUCUCUCCAUGAAUGGGUUGAGCUAUGGGGUAAUACGGGUCAAUACUGAAGAUAAAAAUUCAGCACUGACGGUCCAGGAUGUGGGACAUGUAAUGCCCGGGGGGAUGAUGUGUAUUGUGAGACCCGAUGGACCUCCCCAACUCUGCAAAACAGAUGAAAUUGGAGAAAUCUGUGUCAGCUCCAGAACAGGAGGGAUGAUGUACUUUGGGCUUGCUGGUGUGACAAAAAAUACAUUUGAGGUGAUUCCAGUGAAUUCUGCAGGCUCCCCUGUUGGGGAUGUCCCAUUCAUCCGGUCAGGAUUGCUGGGCUUUGUAGGGCCGGGCAGCUUGGUGUUUGUGGUUGGAAAAAUGGAUGGGUUACUGAUGGUUAGCGGUCGAAGACAUAAUGCUGAUGAUAUUGUUGCUACUGGAUUGGCUGUUGAAUCGAUAAAGACUGUGUACAGAGGAAGAAUUGCUGUGUUUUCUGUGUCUGUAUUUUAUGAUGAGCGCAUCGUGGUGGUUGCGGAACAAAGACCCGACGCUUCUGAGGAAGAUAGUUUCCAGUGGAUGAGCCGUGUGCUGCAGGCAAUCGAUAGCAUUCAUCAAGUGGGGGUUUAUUGUCUUGCUCUGGUGCCUGCCAAUACAUUGCCCAAAACUCCAUUGGGAGGGAUCCAUAUAUCUCAGACAAAACAGCUGUUUCUGGAGGGAUCACUACAUCCUUGCAAUAUCCUCAUGUGCCCACAUACAUGCGUGACCAAUCUGCCAAAACCCCGGCAAAAGCAACCAGGUGUAGGCCCUGCUUCUGUGAUGGUUGGGAACCUGGUUGCAGGAAAACGCAUUGCACAAGCUGCAGGAAGGGAUCUUGGGCAAAUUGAAGAAAAUGAUUUAGUGAGGAAGCACCAAUUUCUGGCAGAGAUUUUACAGUGGCGAGCCCAGGCAACUCCUGACCAUGUACUCUUCAUGCUGUUAAAUGCCAAGGGAACUACAGUGUGCACAGCCAGCUGCCUUCAGCUUCAUAAGCGAGCAGAGAGGAUUGCGGCAGUUCUUGGUGAUAAGGGACAUCUGAAUGCAGGAGACAAUGUGGUGUUGCUCUAUCCACCUGGCAUCGAGUUAAUCGCUGCGUUCUAUGGCUGCCUGUACGCGGGGUGCAUACCUGUGACCGUCCGGCCUCCUCACGCUCAGAACCUUACAGCCACAUUGCCCACCGUCCGCAUGAUUGUUGAUGUCAGCAAAGCAGCCUGCAUUCUCACCACGCAGACCCUAAUGAGGUUACUGAGGUCCCGAGAGGCGGCAGCAGCUGUGGAUGUGAAAACCUGGCCAAUGAUCAUUGACACAGAUGAUUUACCCAGGAAAAAGUUACCUCAGCUGUAUAAACCGCCCACUCCUGAGAUGCUGGCAUAUCUUGAUUUCAGUGUCUCCACAACUGGCAUGCUUACGGGAGUGAAGAUGUCCCACUCUGCAGUCAAUGCUCUCUGCAGAGCCAUCAAGCUCCAGUGUGAGUUGUAUUCUUCUCGGCAGAUCGCCAUCUGCCUUGACCCUUACUGUGGACUUGGCUUUGCACUCUGGUGUCUCUGCAGUGUCUAUUCAGGCCACCAGUCCAUCUUAAUUCCUCCUAUGGAGUUAGAAAACAACCUUUUCCUCUGGCUCGCCACCGUCAACCAGUACAAAAUAAGAGAUACUUUCUGCUCCUACUCAGUAAUGGAGCUCUGCACCAAGGGGCUUGGAAACCAAGUGGAGGUGCUGAAGACCAGAGGAAUCAACCUCUCCUGCAUCCGGACGUGUGUGGUGGUGGCUGAGGAGCGGCCCCGCAUUGCCCUCCAGCAGUCCUUCUCCAAGCUCUUUAAGGACAUCGGUCUGUCCCCUCGGGCCGUCAGCACCACUUUUGGAUCGAGAGUCAAUGUAGCAAUAUGUUUGCAGGGAACCUCAGGGCCUGAUCCAACUACUGUGUAUGUAGAUCUGAAAGCACUAAGACACGACAGAGUUCGUCUUGUGGAACGGGGUGCCCCCCAGAGUUUGCUCCUCUCAGAGUCUGGAAAGAUUUUACCUGGAGUGAAAGUAGUUAUUGUUAAUCCCGAGACCAAAGGGCCUGUUGGAGACUCUCACCUUGGAGAGAUUUGGGUGAACAGUCCUCACACAGCCAGUGGCUACUACACCAUCUACGACAGUGAAACUCUUCAAGCUGAUCAUUUCAACACCCGCCUCAGCUUUGGGGAUGCUGCCCAGACACUCUGGGCUCGAACAGGAUACCUGGGUUUUGUCCGCCGGACUGAGCUCACAGCGGCCACCGGAGAGCGUCACGAUGCCUUGUACGUGGUGGGAGCUCUGGACGAGACGCUGGAGCUGCGAGGACUGCGGUACCACCCCAUCGACAUUGAGACCUCCGUGUCUCGGGUCCACAGGAGCAUUGCCGAAUGUGCCGUGUUCACAUGGACCAACUUGCUCGUGGUGGUUGUGGAACUGUGUGGCUCUGAACAGGAAGCCCUAGAUCUGGUUCCUUUAGUGACAAACGUGGUCCUAGAAGAGCAUUACCUCAUCGUUGGCGUCGUGGUGGUGGUGGACCCAGGUGUUAUCCCCAUCAACUCCAGAGGGGAGAAGCAGAGGAUGCACCUCCGUGACAGCUUCCUAGCUGACCAGUUAGACCCCAUCUAUGUGGCUUAUAAUAUGUGACCACCUUGUGGGGAUUACAGGGGCCAUCCUGCAAAACCACAAGGACCAAAGACUGGUGACUAGGAGCAAGCUUUCAAACGGUGUGAAAUAAGCUGAGAUGCUACACUAUAUCCUUCAUCUCAUCCUGUGGGAUUCUGCAAUCACAUGACACACAGGAAAGGGGAAUUCUGUGGUGGCAAAUGAAAAAAAUGUUAACAGCCUGUUAGUCAUGAGCUUUGACAUAGCGUGAGCAGCACGUUACUAAAGCAAUUACAUGCAUGUUACAUUUUUUUCAUCUGUUGUAUAUACUUGUAUUUUUAUCUAAUGUUGUUCUAGAAUUUUGUAAGGGAGUUUAAUGAAUUCACAUGAAGAGGGUAGUCUGAAUUACACAGUUCCCCGCUCUGUACUGUAUUCUGCCAUUUUACCAUAGUUAGACAUUCUGCGGGUUUUGUUAACAUGGAAAUUACUCGGCUUACUUCCAGUUGACCCAUAAGCAAAUCAAAUAACCCACUGAAUAUGAGAAUGACUUUAUAUAUAGAAUUCUUGACUGUAAAACAUUUUGACCAGUGUUUUAAACAUGUAAAUAAGAAUACACUUAAUUCACUAAAAAAUUGAAGACUUGGCUUGUAUAGUUGUAACAACUAAAGUAGAAACAUUUCUACUUUGAGAGAAUUUCAGUGCUCUCUUGAUGCAGUGUAACGGAGUAGGUGACUGAAAAGUGCAGACUGCAGGUUUUGCUGCACAUUGUACUAUGUCUCUGUUGGCUGGCAUAUAUUUAGUAUAAACGGAAGCUGCCUAUGUCUGUUUUUAAAGCUUGCAUUCCCAGAAUCAGCUUAAGCUUUUAGGAAUUCAACCUAUUUCUACCAGCUGAAAAUCUCAGUUUAAAAAUCAAAAUGUUAGGAAAAAGCUAAGAUUCAUUAGAGCUCACCUAGUUUUAAGGAAUCGCAAUAACUCACUCUGGCCCGCAAUGUUGAAACUGUCUUUCACACUUAAAGUGACUACAUAAGAAUUUAGAAUUUCCCCUUUUCCAGGCCCAUUGUAAGCUGUGUCUGCAGUUAUACACAUAGCUUCUCCUUUCUGAAAACUGAAGAGCAUCCUCCGUUCUUCCAGUUCACGAGGGCAGAGAAUUUAAGGACAGUAGUGAUAGUCUGGGAAGGCGGUGGGAUCAAGUCACAUGGAGGCAUAAGGGCGCAGAGCUACAUAUCUCAGAACUGACUGAUUGGGAUUGCCAAAAUAGCCAGACUUAUGCUGAAAUAGGGGAGGUGUCUGAUGGGUGCAAGAAACUCUUUUGAAAUAACGGCGGUGCCCAGGCCAAGCGGACUGAGCCUGGGACUGAGUUUGGCCUCCGGCUCGGUUUCCUUUCUUUGGUCUGAUACUUCAUGUAUUUGAAUAUAGUUGAAUUUUAUUAUUUUUUUCUUACAGAAAUAUUUUUAAAAAUUAAAAAAAAAACUCAAAGUGAAAAGAGUUAACUUGUUAAAUCAGAAUGGUUCUCUUUGACCCACUCUGGUCUAUUGUGUAAAUAUUUAUUUAGACUAUUUUAAUAAUACAUAUUAUUUACCCCACUGUAACAUCAUGUAAACUAAAUAUGUUUUUAAACAAUUUUUAAGACUUGUAAUUACCCUGAGAAUAAGGUUUAUAAUGCAAAGACCAGACCCUUCGCCACGGCAGCAUUCUUGGGGGGCUGCCCUCACACAGUCUCCUGACUCAAAGCCACUUUACCGACUCCUUUUGACAUAAUCCUCUUUUUCUCCCAACUCAUUCUCCACAGAGGGCAAGCCUCAAGGCAUUUUCCAGUUCCAGAUCUCUUUUUCUGCAUUUUGGAUGACAUUAAUUUACACAUGAUGGGAGAGGUUCUAGGAUGCACAGAAAAAAAAAGCACUUGCGUUGGGACAAGAAAUCCCAGUGACUAGCAACAAUAUGGCUCCACAGAGGAAACAGCCUGAUUAUCUGGAAAGUAAUUUUCUUAAAACAAUUUCUGAUGAUUCAGUAAGCAAAGCAAGGAAUCCUGAGGAUCUUCUAGCUCCAUAAUCCACUAGUUCUCAGAAAAAAAAAUAUAGGCAGAGUCUAUUCUAUGGAUUUCCUUCAUAAUUUUUUCUACACAGGUUUGGGUGUCUGCUUGAAAUAUAAUGUGAGCCACAUCUGUCAUUUAAAAAUGUCAAGUAAUCACAUUUUGAAAAGUAAAGAGAAACAGGUGAAAUUAAUUUUAAUAUAUUUUACUUAACACAGUAUAUCAAAAAUACUAUCAUUUCAAUAUGGAAUCAAUAUAAAAAAUUAUUGAGAUGUUUUACUUUUUUUCAUAUUAAAUAUUUGAAGUUUAAUAUGUUUUAAGCACAUCUCAACUUGGACUAGCCAUAUUUCAAGUUUUCAGUAGCCGCAUGUGGCUGUUGGCUACCAUAUUGGACAGUGUGGAGCUAUACUCAUUCCUUCAAAUAAAAUACUCCGUUAAUCUCAGAGUAUGGCCAACUCUCAGUUACUUAGGGGCUGAUUAUGUAGUUUUAUAGUUCCUCAGGCUUCUGAUUUAUUGUCAUUUUUUUGCUUUCUGCCUUGUGGCUGCUUUAUUUAUCUUUUGUCCAUCCCCCAAAGCUAGAGUAUGCUAAUGGAAGAAAGCCAAGCUAUGUCUUUGGGGAACUGCACCAGUCAUUCUGGUAAGGUAUCCUCCGGUAAGGGGAAGAGAUUCUAGUCAUUAGCUUAUAGGUGUUUGUGGGACCAUCUGCAGAUUUAAUGCCUAGUCUGUUGCAGACUCGGUGAGAAAACUUCCUCUUGAUGACACAAUGCUCUUAGUCUUUCCACAUUAGGUAGAACCUUUGUGGUUGAACCGACUCUUGAGACAGGCCCAAAAGGCCAUUAUUGAUAGAAACAGCUUUGUCAAAACUCUGGAAGUCUGGAAGACAUUCUGUCUGGGUUUUCAUGUAUAUGAAAAAGAAAACUAAUAGGAAGCCCCCAUUUCACAUAAGAGAAAUCUGUUCCUCUUUAAGUUUUUAAAACUCUUUCUGCCUCUCAACAGAAGUAACCGAGAUAGAUGAGGAAGGGGCUGCCUCAGAACAAGUGCCAUCUCCUGCAGCAGUGAGACCCUGGGAAUGACCAGCAUGUUAGUGGGCAUCAGUGAAUCCACAGUCUUUAUUUCCUUCCUGCCUAUUAAAGGGCCCUUGUUCCUCCAGUCCCAGGUCUUCCUGAAGUUGUGCUGCCUCAGGCUGUUUCGGGACCAUUGCCUGUCUGUUGGUCAUAGGAGUGAAUGUCUCCUUAACUCUAGUCCCUGGGCAAUGCUUGCUUAAUGCUUUUGUUGAAUCAACAAAGGGCCUGAGGCCUUAGCUUUUUUGUUAAGGUCUCUGCCCCAGGCAUGGUGCUCAAUAUCUUGGCCAAAUAAAUUACUUUCCUUGAAUAUCCAGGAAUCUUUAGACUAAAGCAUUGAGGAGUUAUCACCUCACCCUCAAACUCCAACAUGAUCUAUGCCUUAGAGUUGUUUUUGUUGUCUGCUUUCAUGUUAAAAGCAAGAGUAUUUGGAGCAAGCUGCAGUACUCCAGAUACACAAUAGGCCUUUUCUUUAUCAUUCAUAUGACAUUUCUGGUUUAGGUAUAUGUAGAUGGGCCAUGUUAUUUGUCCAGAGGAAGAGAGUGUAAAGAUAUAAGAAUAAUUUUUUAGUCCUAAAUGCUUUGUUUUGUUUACUUUCUGUCAAGAUAUUUACCAGUGUCAAAUUCAAACUAUAGUACUGUGUAAUUAUGUAUAAAGUUUUUUUUUAUUUAUUUGAAUUUAGACUAGAUAUACAUUUUUAAAUUUAACAUCUGGCUGGACAGUGUUCUAUUAACUCAUUGAAUGUGUUUCCUUUGUCUUGUGUUAAUAAAUAUUGAUGCUUGGUUGUGUUUAAUGCUUCA